GGAUGAAGGUGGGGUCCACAGCUUCCACGUCAUGCUUCCUCAGUAUGAGGGUACUCCGCGUUUUAUUCAGUGGAUUGCAGAUUAUGUUAAUAAUCGUUGAAUAUCAAGUUUGUGGGUGAUUGGAAUCUAAAAGUAACUAGGGCUUUUGAGUGCAGCGCUACAAACUUUUGUAUAUAUAUUAGAUGAUAGUUGCUGCAAAUUAUUGUAGAAAGCAUAAGAAUGGAAGUUGUGGGAGAAAUAGAAGGGCAGUUGAAAAUCUUUUCGGAUGGCUCUGUUCUGCGCCUUCCACAUCCCACACUGCCUGCCUCUUCACACUUUACAGAUGGAGUUGCAUCCAAGGACGUCACUGUAAAUCCGGAAACCGGCGUCUGGGCUCGCAUAUUCAGGCCGGAAACUGCUUCUGGAAAAUUGCCAGUCCUGAUUCAUUUUCACGGCGGCGGAUUCGCGGUUUGUUCCUCAGCCUGGGUAGAGUUCCACACUUAUUUUCACGCUUUGUGUAAAACCGCCGGUAUAUUAAUUGUGUCGGUGGAUUACAGGCUGGCGCCAGAGAACCGGCCGCCGGCGGCCUACGAUGACUGUACGGAGGCCGUGGAAUGGAUCGCAAAGCAUGCCGCUGAAUGGGCAGAGUUGCCGGAGGAGUGGCUGUCGCCGUCGGUCGUGGAUUUUUCCCGGUGCUUUUUGGCGGGAGAGAGUGCCGGAGCGAACAUCGUUUACCACGUGGGACUGCGAGUUGCUGACAUGGACGUGAGGCCGUUGAUGGUGAAGGGAGUGAUUGUCAUUCACCCCUUCUUUGGGAGUGAGGAAAUGAGUGAAUCUGAGAAAAGUCCAGAGCUGGUGAAGAGCGUAGAAAGAUGGAAAUCACUUUGGAAUAUAGCUCUGCCUGUGGGGUCCAGCAGAGACCAUCCGUUUUGUAAUCCGGCGGUUUUGCCCCUGAAACCUGGUUUGAAAUUACCGCCGAUUUUGGUAGCCGUAGGAGGAAAAGAUGGACUGAAAGAGAGAGGUAUGAUGUUUUAUGAAUACCUCAAGAGUUGCGGAAAAGAGGCAGAAUUGAUGGAGGACGAAGGUGGGGUUCACAGUUACCACGUCAUGGUUCCUGAGUAUGAGGGCACUCCACGUUUUAUACAGCGCAUUGCAGAUUAUGUUAAUAAUCGCUGAAUAUGAAACACACAGAGUUUGAUGUUUGAUGUGCCUCCUUAUGAUAAGAUGUCUUUAAAAUUGGUAACAUUUAUCUAUGUUACUCAUGCAAUAAGUGUAGGGCAAGUAUGGUUCUUGCUCAUUAAAUUUUAUACUCAUGCAAUGAAUGUAGGGCAAGUAUGGUUCUUGCUCAUUAAAUUUUAUAAUAGGGGCUUUUGUAGAUUCAAUAUAAUUUAGUUAAUAAUCUCUUGUCUAA